UAAAAGAGAUGGAGCGCGGGAGAGUAGGAUCAUCAUGUAUGGGUACACAUGCUUUGUGCAUGUAUGGGUAUCGAGUUGCUGAGACUUUAGCACGUGUCAAAACUGCAGUUUGAGUUUUUCAUAAAGCAAAUUUAUACCUGAUAAUGGGGAAAGGAAGAAAGUAUAAAGCAAAGAAGAAUUUCGCUGAGAAACGACGUGACAGGCAGAAGAACAAGGAUGAAUGGGAUAAACGACCGCAAAGGUGCUAUGAGGAGAUAGUGCGAGAGAACGUUGACUUUGAGAAUUACUAUAAGACUCAAAAUGUAAUUCCUGAAAACGAAUGGGAAGUUUUUAUGGACAAGAUGAGGGAGAACCUACCUGCCGCAUUUCGAAUUACUGGUUCAAAGGCAGAGACAAAGGCAUUGCUUGAAAUAAUAAAGGGGGAUUUUUUCAAUGAGAUCAUCAAUACCAAAUUGGAUAGCGAUGAAUCUGAAAUCAAGGAAGAGGUCGAGAAAAAGCUCUAUCCGAAAUGCCUGCCAUUUUAUCCAGAUUCUUUAGCUUGGCAGCUGCAAUUAACGCGAAAAGACAUUCGAAGGUCAGAAGCCUACUCUAGGCUCCAUAAUUUCUUGAUUGCUGAAACUGAUAGUGGGAGCAUUAGUCGACAAGAAGUUGUAAGCAUGAUUCCACCCCUUGUUUUGGAUGUCAAGCCACAUCAUAAGGUUCUCGAUAUGUGCGCCGCACCAGGUUCGAAAACCGCUCAACUCAUUGAGAUGAUACAUUCGGAUGACAGUAAUGCACAUCCUGAGGGAUUUGUAAUUGCCAAUGAUUUGGAUAACAACAGAUGUUACAUGCUGGUGCAUCAGGCCAAGCGAUUGAAUAGCCCUAAUAUCCUAAUCACAAACCACGACUCAUCAGUCAUGCCCAAUUUUACAGUCACGAAGUCUGAUGGUACAACGGGAAAGUUAAAAUUUGAUAGAAUAUUAGCUGACGUGCCUUGCAGUGGUGAUGGGACAAUGAGAAAGAAUCCCGACAUAUGGUGUAAGUGGAGCCCUGCCAAUGGAAAUAAUCUCCAUGGAAUUCAGUACAGAAUAGCACAGAGAGGCUUGGAGCUCUUGGCAGUGGGUGGAAAAAUGGUUUAUUCUACAUGUUCCCUGAACCCAAUAGAAAACGAAGCCGUGCUUCACAGAAUCCUAGCUGAAGUUGGAGAUUCAGUUCGAUUGGUUGAUGGCAGAGACCUAGUUCCUGGUCUGAAAUGCAACCCAGGUGUUAGUCAUUGGACUCCAGCAUCAAAGAAUAUGCAGUACUAUAAAACCUGGGAUGAAGUUCCCGAACAAUGGCAGACCCAAAUACGUCCUCAUAUGUUUCCUCCAAAUCCAGCAGAUGUUGAUAAAUUUUGCCUCGAGAAAAGUAUGAGAAUACUUCCUCAUCACCAGGACACUGGCGGAUUUUUCGUCGCUGUGUUAGAAAAAGUAAAAUUGUUACCAUGGGAAAACGAUCAACAGGAAAAAACGAAAGAGGAUGUAGAAGGGCAGACGAACAAUGACAACAGAGAAGAAUUGAGUUUAGAGGACGAGGCGGAGAAAGAGGCUGCAGGAGAGAAAGUAGCUGAUGGAAAGCGACCAUUAGAGCUGGAAAAGAAACCGUGGGGCCCACAACGAAAGCGGAAAAGAAUUGUUGGAUAUCGUGAAGAUCCAUUUGUGUUUUUUAAAAAUGACAAAGAAGAUGUUUGGCCUUCAAUCAAGGAGUUCUACGAUAUAUCCGAGAUGCUGGAUCCAACGUGCUUGCUAGUGAGGUGUCACGAAGGGAAAAAAAAGAACAUUUACUUCACCUCACCAGCUAUCCGUGAUAUUGUGAAACUGAAUGAAACUAAAGUGAAGAUGAUAAAUACAGGAGUAAAAACUUUUGUACGCUGUGAUAACAAGAACAUGAGAUGCGCGUUUCGAUUAGCUCAGGAAGGAUUGCACAGCCUUUUUCACUAUGUCGGUGAUUGUCGUAAGGUUCAAAUUUCAAAGGAAGACUUGAUAACAUUGUUACUAAAUGACGAUCCACAAACUCCACCAGAAAUAAGUAAACUGAGCCCAGAGACGCAAAGUCGUGUGAAAGAUUUUGCAACUGGUAGCUGCGUUCUACUCUAUAAAGAAAAACCAACCGUGGAUGAGAACAACGCAAACCUCCUGGAAUUACAAAUGGUCGGUUGGCGAGGAACAAUGUCGCUGAGAGCCUACGUACCCCUUCACGAUGCGAUACACUAUCUCCGACUUCUAGGAGCAGAUUGUUCGAAAUUUGAGAAAAACAAAUUCAAAGAAAAUCAGAAUGCAGAAAAAUCUAAAGCCCAGGUGAUUAAUGGAGGUACUGAACAAAAAAUGGAGUUGACGGCAAAUAUAGAGGAAUCGAAGGGUGCGGAAAACGCAGUCGACAUGGAGCAAGACGAAUCAACUACAGCAUCUUAAAGUUCACCACUGCGUCUGCUGAGAUGAACGGGUAUGAUGUGCAGUUCUCUGACACACUUGCAGUCUACCAUACUCAGAAUAGUAUGAACAGCCAUAUUAUGAAUCCUAGGCGUUGUAUCCCCUGAUUUUGUAAGAAGUUCCGGUAGCAAACGAUCUACGCUGCGGGCUAUCUCGGCAGAUGAUACUCUGAUGAUAGAAAAAAGAAUGUAUAAUAAGUAUUUGAAUUUAUCAACCGGAUAGUUAUAUCCGGAGGAAAUAUUUAGGGUGAAAACUUACCGACCCACAGCAAACUCUGUGAAAAAUACCCUGAUCAAUUGAGCAGCCAAGCUAUAAACGCUGAACACUUUAUCUCUAAGAGCCCGAUGUAACAGUAAAAUUGCAGCUCUCGCCGUUUUAUUCGCCGAAUGUUUAGAAUCCUCAGAAUCGAAUGUUCUCAACUCAUCUUUGAGUUGCAUAAGCCCUUCUUCCUUGUCCGUGAAUUGUUUGGAAUAAAAUUUUUCUACCUAAAGA